AUGUCCCUCACCCGCCUCUCACGAGCGACAAGAGUCUUCCGUGCCUCCACCGCCCGACCGGUCCUCCUCCGCCCAGCAGCUUCGCAGCGCAUAACAACUCCUGUGCAAUGCUUCUCCACCAGACCCGCCGGCCUCAAGAUGCCCGACGCGGACCCGCAUGAUCCCCACCACGAGGAGAGUUUCGAGGAGUUCACUGCUAGAUACGAGAAAGAAUUCGACCAAGUCCAAGACGUCUUCGAGCUGCAGCGCAACCUCAACAAUGCCUUCGCCUACGACCUCGUCCCCUCCGUCUCCGUCAUCACCGCCGCCCUGCGAGCAGCGAGGAGAGUCAACGACUACCCUACUGCUGUACGAGUCUUUGAAGGCAUCAAAGCCAAAGUGGAAAAUGUAGCCCAAUACGACGAAUACCUCGCCGAGCUCAACUCCGUCCGGGAAAACAUGGGCGUGAUGUUGAAGGAGGAUCUGUAUCCCGCGAGUCAUAAGACCGAGGGCCCGCAUUCGGCGUAG